CUCACUCCAAGGAUUAAAACCACUGACACUGCUGGUAAAACUCUUACUUGUCCCUAUUUUAAUUUCAAUCAAUUAACUUUAAUUUUAGAUUUUUCCCCGGGACUUAAAGUCAAAACUUGUCUCUUGAAACCACAAAUAUCUUCCUUUUUUUGUGUUUUCUUUUUAUUCUCUUCAUAUUUUUGCUCGAAAAGAAGACCUUUCAUGCUGAUCAUCACCGUUGGCUUUAAGGACCAAUAACGUGAAAGAAAAGCAUGACAGCUGCUCUAAAGGUUUUCUUCACAUGCUGUUUACUUCAAGGUAUCUCAUGCCAACAAUGGGGAUUGGUCAUGCCCCAGGCGGUGGAGGCGCUGAGUGGCUCCUGCGUGGCGAUCCCCUGCUCUUUCAGCUUGCCGUCAGAAUGGGAUCAAUACCUGGACGAUUCCUGCAAAGCCAUCUGGAAGAGAGGCAGCUGGAGCCGAGUUCAGGUGUUCGACUCCAGCCUCACUGGAGCGGCUGCCAGCUCAAAUAUCCUGCAGGGAAACCUGACCGGGACCCUGACGGACCGAGACUGCACCACUGUCCUCCACAACCUGCCGGCCAACCAUUACGACAGCUAUUACUUGAGACUGCAGUGUGACAACUCGCUCAAGUUCAACUUCGUGACAAGUGUCCGGAUCACCACCCAGGAUUCACUAUCGGGACCAACUUUAACUCCAUCCGGGUUGGAGGUGGAGGAGGGCACUCCUGUGAGCUUAAGCUGCUCAGCUGUUGCUCCCUGUCCCGUUGCCCCUCCAAUUUUGACGUGGACGCCCACUAUAGGUGAAGUUGAGGAGAACAUGGAAGCAAAACUUGCGACCUCUGUCAUGAACUUCACCGCUUCUUAUCUCCACAACGGACAGAAGUUCUCCUGCACGACCAUCUACACCCGACAAACUGGGACCAACGAGCUUGUGUAUCAAAAAAGUUUGACUCUACAGGUUCUUUAUCCUCCAACUAACACAUCGCUCACUUACUCUGACCCUGUACAAGAGGGCGCCUCGAUAACUCUGACCUGCUACAGCGAUGCCAAUCCAGCAGUGGACAGCUACACCUGGUUCAAAGUGAAUGGAGAAGAAGUGAUCGCCGUGGGAUCUAAGAACCCGCUUUCAACCACAGUCACUGAAGUGGACAGCCAGUUUUACUGCAAAGCCGAUAACAAAUACGGAACCCAGAACUCCUCCGUCGCUCAGAUAGACGUACAGUUUUCUCCAAAGGAAACGACAGUAAUUGUGGACCCUGCUGGCCCGAUCCUGGAGGGCAGCUCUGUUUCUCUGCUCUGUAGGAGCCGAUCCAACCCACCGGUGACCAAUUACACCUGGUACAGAGAGGAGGAGGAGGACCAGGAGUCGUCCGCAGCCUUAACUAUGGAAAUCGUCGAUACCAGUCACAGCGGCGACUACCGCUGCGCGGCAAAAAACGACCUGGGAGAAGAAACCUCAGCGGCCUUUCAGCUGGAUGUCCAGUUUCCCCCUAAGAACACUUCAAUGUCCGCUGAGCCCUCUGGUUCGGUUCUGGAUGGAAGCUCUGUGACUCUGACCUGCACAACCAUCGCUAAUCCACCAGCGGUGAACUUCACCUGGUUCCGAACGGAUGGGAAUGAAAAGGAGGUGCUUGGCUCUGAGCAGGAUUUAAGCUUCAAUGUGACCAAACUCUCUGAAGAUCAAUAUUACUGUGAAGCCCUGAAUGUUCACGGAGCUGAACACUCACAACUGACCGCUUUUGAUGUCAUAUUUGCUGCAGAGGUCCUGCCGUCCUCCCGCUGCAUCAAAAUAUUAUCCCAGGUCCGGUGUUAUUGCGACAGCCUGGGGAACCCGUUACCCUCAUUGGUUUGGGAAGUGGCUGGGGAGCCUGUCAACCACUCGGCUAACAACCCGAUCCGGCAGAUGAACCUGGCAGGUGGGGCCGUCAGGAGUGUGAUCACCCUGUACAGUCUGGAUGAAAUCCUGCCUUCUGUAGUGUGCUUGAGCAGCAACUCCCUGGGCUCUGAUAGUCUGGUGUUCAACGUGUCCUCCAGUGAAACUCAGAUGGGGCUCCAUGGGUUGUCUCUGCUGAUUGGUUCUGCAGCAGGAGCACUGUUGAUGAUGCUGGUGUGCAUCCCACUGCUGAUCUUCUUUUGCAGGAAAAGAAAAGGGAGCCUUUCCUUUGACAAGGAGGUGGUGGAGACAUCCGACUGUUUAGCCACUUAUCAGAAUAGCUCUUUGCUGGUGGAUGUACAUAAAGCUGCUGUGAAGGACGAGGACGGAAGAAAGGGAGAUCCUCUCACCUACGCCGAUGUGGACUAUACUAAACUCCAAACCGAAUCAAAGGAUGAGCUCAGAGAGACCAAGACCGGAGGGCCGCCCUCAAAGACCACUGAGUACGCUGAGAUCUGGAUGCACAGCACAGAAAGUAACGGCGGAGAUGCAAAGGAGGAGGUAAAACUUGCAGACCCUCAUAAUGGUCAAGGGAAAGAGGUUGAUGGACUUAACGGACAGGUCAGUGAGGUCAGUAAGGUUAUUGCUUAAAUUAAGUUCAUUUAUAGCAGACAUGCUGGAUUGUGGACUUGAGCCUCACUUCAGUGUUGAGCUGUGUGCACGUGCCCAACCAGGCCGUGGUCCUGGUACUGUAGUUGUGAUCGCUAAAACAUCUUGAAGGCACCAGUAGAGGUUAAAUCUGCAUGUUGCUCUAAAGGAGCACAUGUCUGGCCUCCAGUCCAGCUCUUAGCAUUUGAAACUUUAACCUCCCAAUAAUGAUAAAAACCUUUCAUUUAAACUGUGUCAGUCACUAUAGAUACGUACUAUUGUGUUUGUAAUGUUAAUACUUUCAUACUAACAUUUGUCACUGUCCUCAUUAAAAAAAAAUUCUGAGUCAAAGAAAGAAAAUAAUAUUUGAUAAAAAGAAAAAAAAUCAAUAUCUUUACCAAUGUUUUUCUUUAAUUUAUACAUGCCAAUACUUUCUUUUAACAUGUAUAAUACACCACUUUCAUUUACAUAGAAAAGAAGAGGAAGUUUAACUUUUAAAACUUUAAAAGCAGUUAGGUUCUUAGGUUUUAGGUUUUAGGAAUUAGGUUAAAGUCUUAAUGUCUAAUUAAAGGUGACAUAUAUAUAUAUAUAUAUAUAUAUAUAUAUAUAAUUUUUUUUUUUUCUUUUUUAUGAGCUGAAACACAUAUAUUUUGGUGUCCGAGGUGAGUGUCAGAUUAAAAACUCAAGAAUACCAUAACCCAGUCAUCUGAUUUUGGUUUGCUUGACUCUGAACAUGUGUCUUUCAGUGAGCUGUUCAGGCUUUCGGGGUACUGUGACAUCACAGGUCCAUCUUUGAGUGGAUUAUAGCAUUCACCACAUUUUUCUCCAACCAAAUCUACAUCUUAUAACAUUUGCUGUUCCUCUGAAGUGGGUAACACAAUGCUGAUUUCAAGAGAUGCAGCUUCACUGAGAAAAUGGGUGGAGUCCAGCUGAGUGGCUGACUCCACCCCAUAAAAUGUUACUGUUCUCUUCAUUUGUUGAUUAAUGCUGUUUAGUAUUUUUUACGCUUUUAUGUUUUAUACAAUGUGUAAUUAUGAUAUUUCCUUGAUUGUUAAAUACUUCAUAUUUGUUGUCUGUAAAUGUGCUUUAUAAAAUAAAUUUGACCUUGACCUAAAAUGUGCUGCUCUGAUCAGAGCUGUAAAAUAGGGAGCUGUCCUACUGUAUCUUUUUGGUUUUUAGACCAAAGCAUGUCACAGACAUUUCAUCAUGACUAAAUGAAGGUGUUGUCAGAGUUUGAAAAGGGGAAGAAAAUGUUUCUUAAAUAUUAAACACAUUUAUUUGAGCUCAGAAUACUGUUUCCCUAUAUGUUUUAAAUCAGAUGGCAUAACAUUAUGAGUGGGAUGAAAAACAUCAGAACACCAAUACGGGUCUUUGUUGCACUAAACACAAUAAUGAAUCGUGUGGAUAUUUCAGUAAUUCAAGGAGGACUUGCACAUCUUAACUCAGACUUGGACCUGAGCGUACUCCUCAGAGCUGUGGGAGUCUUCACUGGUGUCUAAGUCAGUCUUAUGGAUUUGAACGUUUGGUUGCAUGUACAACACUCAUUAUGUUGUAGUAUUCCAGCCUUUCCUUUUCUCUCUGCAGCAAUAAAAAAAAUAAAGUAACAUACUUUCUGACAAUGUCUAAAUUUCAACAGAAUCCAUCUCUUAAACAAAUUUUUUGCACGUACAAACCAUAUAAACCUGAUUAUUUAUCGCGAGAGCAUGAUUUAGAAGUCCUCUUUAACUGGCUAUCACUGGAACACUUUUACUUUUUUUAUAUUUUAUUAUUGUGCAGCAUGCUUUGGAUAUGUAGACUAUUAGGCAGAUCCACAGUGGAGUAAAGAGUGUUGAUGCUGCAUGCAGACCUGUAAGAUUAUGAGAUAGAGAGAAACAGCAGCCAUUGGCCCCGUGUAACAAACUCAUUGUUCCAUUUAUUUCUGAAUUAUUUCAAAUUGAUUCUUUGUUUCAAGAGUAAGAGGCAGCAUCCGUCUCUGAGUCCAACACAACAUUCUUUGUUGUGUGUGGUGAAAGGGCGUGUGUGGCUGCUGGCUUACGUGAUGUCUGGAUGAGAUUGGGAUCCCUGAGCCUUUGGAUGCCACGGGUGGUCGUGCGAGAUGUCAUCUUUCCUUCCGAGGAGCCCGCUCAUAACAAUCCCCCCUCUAACAGCAAAUAAUAUGCCACCAACCAUGAAUGAGAAAACACACAGAGAGACAGAGACAAAGAUCUGCCUUUUUUGUCUAACUGUUCAAUCCAGAUGUACAGUACAAAUACUUCCAUGUAUGAGCCGCCACACCAGGGACACGUGUGUGCAGGUCCUUGUAUGUUUUAAGGGAUUGUACCAUGAUUUCAUAAACUCUGAAUUUUGUGAGCUAUUACAACUACUAAACAGAUGAUUCUCAGAGCAUUUUAUUUUGUGUAUCCUGCCUGGCAUGAGAACACAGAAAACCUUGAGUUAAAUACUUAAAAAAUGGUUUUAAAGAUUCACUGGGUGGGUUUUACAGACAUCUCAUGGUUCAAACUACAAACUGUAACUAACUGAUGCCUCUUCCUCCACAAAAAUCACCGUGACCAUAACUUUAAGCAUUUUGAUUUGACCUGACUUUGACUUAUAUGGACUGAAGUUACACUUUCAAACCAGAAUUUGGUUUCUCUCCGAUGGACAGUCGAGAAGAGCAACCUGCCACACGUGUGUAGAUAGAUUUCUUGACUUAUUAAACACAAUGUACUCAAUCUCGCGUGAUUUCACUGCAUAUGAUGUAGGAUGUAGAAAGCACCAUCAUCAUACAAUCACGAUGAUUCAGUGUUUUGGUCCAUUCAGAAAGUUUACCCUCCUUACCAUCUAAUAAUAAUGAAAAAGGUGCUGCGAUGCCAUAGUUUCAUGGCAUUUUGACCAAAACAUGUUGUGGAUGUUUCUUUUAUAAGUAAGUAGUUCUCAGUAACUUUUAUAUAAAAUGAAUUGAUACAUUUAUAAAAAGGUUUAUUUUCCUUUAGAAUAUAUCUUAAUCUUACAUUGCAUUCUUUUUUUUAUCCAAGAUAUCUUGUGACCUGAGGAUUUGUUUUUGUCUCUUAUUUUAGACCUGGAUUAGUGCUAAUUGCAUGUUUUUCUGGGCACAUCUGGUACAUUCUUUGAUGUUCAGAUAUGUCAGUUGGAUAUGUUUCUAUGUCAAGUUUACGUUUACUAUAUACGGUAUACAUACUGUAUAUAUUUAUUUCUUGUGUUUG